GUUGCUGAUAUUGAAUGAACAAGCUAAGGAGGAGAACCUAAGAAGCCAAUGUCUUGCCCAGUUACAGAGUUUGACAAGGAGGAUUGAAGACUUGCCAAUUACUGACAAUUACUCCCUUCAAACUGACAUGUCACGGCGCCAGCUGGAGUACGAAGCACGCCAGCUUAGAGAGUUGAUGCAAGAGAGACUGGGAUCUAUGGAGGACAUCGCAGCAAGGCAUCGGAUGCGCAUGCAGAGGCUAAGUGCAAUCGAAUAUGAGCUCAGGCAAGUUCAAGAACAACAGCAGCAUCAACAACAGCAGCAACAACAUCAACAGCAGCAGCAACAGCAACUACAACAACAGCAACUUUUAGCCCAAGUAUGGGAGCAGGGUGCACAGGCUUCCCUCUCUGAUGAUGCUCUGAGGUUAGUGUACAGUCAGAGCCUGAAUGCAGCCGGUGGAGGUACAAACAGCAAGCGAUCAUCGGCAAGUUCACACGAUUCAAACUCCCAUGGUAGCCCUGCAUCACAUCGAAGAGCAGCUAGUCUGGUCAUCGAUGCCAAAUCAGACUUUGGUCUCAGUGGGUCCCCACCUAAUGGUCUAAGACCAAAUCCUACCUCUUCCACACAAACUGCUACAGACAGCCCCUAUAUACACCUGUCAAACGAUGGAUCGGUGCAAGCAGGUGGCAUGCAACAGCCACCACAGCAGCAGAAACAUCCGCUACCACCGCAGCAAACAGGAACAGGUAUUGCUCCGCCGUGUCCACCAACCUUCUUCCAUGGAGCAUGGCCCUUUCUCAAUAACCUGCAUGCAGGUGCUAAUCUGAAUGGGGAAACGAUGGAACAGGUCUUGGGAAAGAUUCCUUUUGGUGUUGCUGGAGGUGGCAGUGGUGGUGGUGGUGGGAGUGGUCCAGGGAGUGGUAAUGGUGAGCAGGAAACAUCUAGUGUCAUGAGUUUUGGAUCAUCAUCUUGCUCCGGUACAGGUCCAAGGAAGAGUUCUACUGCUGGUGCUAACAACCAACAGCUUGGUGUCAAGGUUGGGUUUGUGUACUCCCUACUCUCCAUGUUAGGUUCACAUGACAGGGAUGACAUGGCAAGCACGCUACUCAUGAUGUCCAGGUCUGCCGAUAGUUGUCUAGCUAUGAGGCAGUCUGGUUGUAUACCCCUCUUGAUCCAUAUCCUGCAUGGAACGGACCAGGAGUCUGUGCUGGGAAACUUCAGGGGGAGUCAGAAGGCAAGGGAUUGUGCCAGCACAGCCCUUCAUAACAUUGUACAUCUCAACCCUGAUGAGAAGCGACGUAAACAGGAGGGGCGUGUCCUUCGUCUCCUUGAACAAAUCAGGUCCUACUGUGACACCUUGGUAGAGGCCGAGAACAAGGAGAGUGCAUCAAGUCAGAGUGCUCUACCAAUGGAUCACAAUCCUGGUCCUGCUAUGGCUGCUCUCAUGAAGCUCUCAUUUGAUGAGGAGCAUCGCAGUGCAAUAUGCCACCUAGGUGGCCUUCAUGCAAUAGCUGAACUCUUGCAAGUAGAUUAUGAGGUUCACGGAAGCAGCAACGACCAGUACACAGUCACUCUGAGACGGUAUGCGGGGAUGGCCCUUACUAACCUGACCUUUGGGGAUGUCACCAACAAAGCCCUUCUCUGCUCUAUGAAAGGAUGUAUGAAAGCCCUGGUGGCCCUCCUUAGUGCAGAGAGUGAGGACCUAAGACAAGUAGCAGCUAGUGUUUUGAGGAAUCUCUCCUGGAGGGCUGAUAUGGCAAGCAAGAAGGCUCUUAGGGAAGCUGGAGCAGUUGUUGCAUUAAUGACUUGUUCUCUGGAAGUAAAAAAGGAAUCAACACUGAAGAGCGUUUUAAGUGCAUUAUGGAACCUUUCAGCUCACUGUACUGAGAACAAGGCGGACAUUUGUGCCGUCAAUGGUGCUCUUGAGUUUCUGGUGGGCUCUUUAACUUAUAGAAGUCCAACACGGAACUCAGCUGUUGUUGAAAAUGGUGGUGGUAUUCUGAGGAAUGUUUCUAGCCACAUCGCAACAAGUGAAAAGUACAGGCAGCUUUUAAGAAAGCAUAACUGUCUUCAAAUAUUACUUCAUCACCUGAAGUCUUCAAGCCUUACCAUUGUCAGCAAUGCAUGUGGGACAUUGUGGAACCUGUCUGCCAGGAACAAGGCUGAUCAGGAUCUCUUAUGGGAAUUAGGUGCAGUCAGUAUGCUCAAGAAUCUUAUCAACUCCAAGCAUAAAAUGAUUGCAAUGGGAAGUUCUGCUGCACUCAGGAAUCUGAUGGCAUCACGACCUGAUGUCUUGACCACAGCGGAUGGCCAGAAGGAAGGCACUCCAGGACUCCAUGUCAGGAAACAACGAGCGCUCCAAGCAGAGAUUGAUAAGAAUCUGAAGGACACAUAUGCUGAGAUGGAAGGUAGAACUGAUCAACAUGGCCUACUUCAAAGCCAACAACGUGCCUCUCUCAGGAAUCGAGGCCAUAGAUCUCGGCAGCAGCAUGGUCCCGACUAUUCACCAGUUCCACAGCGAAUCCCCAUCUGGAAUCCUAAUGCCACCCCUUUACCAGAUUCUCUCAUGAAUAGCCAGCAGAGAGCGCCUUCACCAAGCAAUAGACUUCAUGGAAAUGUUGUGAAUUCUCCUGAAACUCGUAGUGAUGAUCACUCCUUCCAAGAAGGGAAGACAAAAGAAAGUGAAGGUCAAAUCACCACAAGUCAGCCUGGAUCUGUCGAGAAUAGUCCUGGGAAACCACAUGGAGGAAGCAGGAUAGCACAGAUCAUGCAAGAAGUAGCUCAAGCUGGUCUUCCAAAUGACGCAAGCCAGGGCGGUGAGAGUCCACGUAGAGAGUCACUUGAAAGCAGGCUCCAGUCUAGAAAUGGCCACCAACAAAAACCAACAUGUCCUCGCUCAAGCUCUUUCACCCAUAUGCCACCAGAGGGUUCCAAUCUUUCAAGUCGUUCCAACUCCUACUCCUUUGGCUUUGACGGAGGGCAGGGCCUUGUCGCUAGGAGAUCAUCUACAGAAAGCAUAAACAGUAUUUCUAGUGAUAUUUUCCCAGCUGGUAUCCAUGAACGAUUGGCACAAAAUCGAUCUCAGAUGGAUCACUCUCAAUCAGCAGACAGCUCUCUCAACAUGCAUGGGACUGGAAGGAACCUUCAGAACAAUGCAUUGGUGCACUCUGCAGAUGAGGCUUUUGGUACAAACAUGGACUCUACAACAAACUAUAGUUUAAAGUAUUCUGAGGAAGAUCUUCCACCAGGGAUACAUAGCCCAAAGAGAACACCUCCCGAAGAGCAUGGAUGUAAAGAGGAAAACUCACAGCAAAGCAGCGGUGAUGGAGAGCAGAAUGAAGAGAGUUCAUCCCAGCCAUGUCAAAAGUGCAAUUCACCACAUAGACCUCGCGAAGGAUUGGCCACAGGUAACUCUUACAUGUCCAGUCAACACCAGGGAAUAUUUCCACAACAGUAUUCAGACCAGUCAGUAUCUUCUCAUCACAAUGUCCUAGAUACAAUCCAAGGAUCAAGUAUGUACUCGAACAGUGAACCUUUCACACAAGAUGAUGAGAGGCCAACUGAUUUUUCUCAAAGAUAUGCAAAUGAUAUGUCACAUGGAGAGGAUGCAGAAAGUUUCGGGUUUGUCCAGACAACUUUAGAGACCAACACAGGUGGGACUGUUUAUAUGAGUAGCGAGGAGCCAGAGGUGCGUGAUAGUAGCUACAAUGUUUCAUCAAAUCAAGAGAUUCCAUCAAGUUUGGUGUCUCAAUUUGGAUCAGAGCAUGGAGGAUCACGACAUUCGGUUGCAUCAAGCCAUCAUGAGGAAGAAGAGUCACAACCAUGCAGUCAUGAUGACAAUACAAAGACAUACUGUGUAGAAGGUACCCCCGGUCCAAUUUCCAGAUGUUCCUCACUCAGUUCACUGGAUUUAAAUGAGGAGCUGAACGAGGAUGAGAAAAGUAAAGACGACAGUGCUCAUUCACCUGGUGAUGACCUACAAACCACUACACCUCCAAAUGAGCCAACUCCUGUAAAAAUGACUAAUAAGCAAGUUUUGCUGCAGCUCCCAUCGGACGUUCACCACCAUGAUGAAGUCCAAGAAACUCCUCUGGUCUUUAGCCGGUGCAGUUCAGUGUGUUCACUCAGUAGUGAUGAUGUGCCAGAUAUAUGCGAUGAUGUAAGCUCAAUUUAUACCAACAGUCGUGCAGCUAGUGGUUUUGUGAGUCCGAGUGAAUUACCAGAUAGCCCCAGUGAUACAAUGCCACCCAGUCCUAGAAGAACAUCGCAGGGUAAUGUCAAGGAAGAUAUUCAAAAUGCUCCUAAGCUUCCUGACAUGGAAGAAAAGCCCACAAUGUAUGCAACUGAAGGAACACCCAUUGACAAUUCCUGUGCUACGAGCCUGAGUGCUUUGACAAUUGACGGCGAUGUCAAAGCUACAGUUGCAAAACGUCUCUUACCACCUGAAGGGAAUGAGGGAAGUGAAGAUGCUGGCAGUAAAGACAAAGAGAACGCAGAUGGAAAGAACAUUGAACCAAGUGGUAAUGACUUUUCAGAACAAGAGCAGAGUCUUUUAGAUGAAUGUAUUAAUGCAGCAUUGCCAGUGAGAAGAAAGGGAAUACCAAAGCCAUCAAAAUCUAAAAGCAAGAGAGAUGUUACCAGCAAGAAGAUACCUGUGAGUCAAAAGCCAUCAACCAGUAAGCAUGUCAGUUUUGAGAAGUCAAAUUCUGCUCAAUCAACUGCCCUGCAGGAUGUAUCAAAGCCAUUUUGCACAGAGGACACUCCAGUGAACUUUUCUGCUGCUACUUCACUCAGUGAUCUAAGUAUAGAAGACAUUGAGAUCGAGAGUUCAUCAGAUGGGAAACUUAUGAUUACAAAUCCAGACAGAAGUGCCAUGGAGAAACCUAGUGGUAUUGAAUCAGAUAAUCAAGUACAAACCUCAGGGGAUCUUCUACAUUACAUGGAUGAUGCCAGGUCUGAAACUAACUCUGUCACAAAGGAGGCAGAGGAUUCCAUGUUACAGGAGUGUAUUAACUCUGCCAUCCCAAGAUCCAAAUCUAGCAAGCCUCGUACAUCACUACUUGCUAAACACAGAUCACCCCGACACAUUGGAAAGUUUAGAUCACCGAAGGGAGUUGCACCUCGAAAGAGAUUGCCAAGUACAGAUGUGCGUCACAAGAGCCCAUCUCCCAUCCCUGAGAUGAGCUCAGAUACGAGAUCUACUUCAAGCCAAGAACGAGGGCAAGACUGGGUCAACAAUCCGUCACCUCCUCCUGAUAGUGUUACAACCUACUGCAUGGAAGGAACACCAGGAAUAUCCAAUGCUACAUCCUUAAGUGACCUUACUUCUCCCAUUGAUUCUGAAGAUGUCAAUGGAAACAUCACUUCUCAAAAUUUACCUCAGAACAGAAGUACCUUAGGUGUUGGAGUCAGCAUGGGGAGUACUCCAUCUGAUACACCCCGUGUUUUUGCAGUAGAAGGCACACCUAUCAAUUUUUCAUGUAAUGGUUCGCUAAGCUCAUUAAGCUGUGAUGAGGAUGCCGACCUUGCUGAAGCUAAAGCUCAAAUGAAAGAAGUUAGUAAAAGGAAACAAGCAGAUGGAGGUUCAAGUAGACAGCAGACAAUGAUUCCCAAGCAGAGAACAUCCUUCUCAAAUCCCAUUGAACAAGUUCAUAGUCCUGAAAACAAGUAUUACAGCAUGAAUGAUUAUCAUAAUGCAGAUGCUGCUAAGAGUGCAAUGUCUCCUCUGGACUCUCCAAGAGUGUUUGCUGUGGAAGGUACCCCUGGAGUUAUAUCCAGGGCAGAUUCACUCAGUUCUCUCAGUUGUGAUGAAGAGGAUGCAUCACCACAACAAGCAGAUGAACGUGGAACGUUAGAAAAAAGUGCAAAAGAGAGACUCGCUGAAAAGACACGGACGUCCAGGAUAAGUGGUAACAGAAUGAAUCAUCUUGGUGAAAGUUCUAUGGCUAUGAGGAGACUGAGCUCUGAGGAAGCACCUCUAAGCUACGCCGUUGAAGACACACCAACUUGCUUUUCCCACAAUUCAAGUUUGAGUGCAUUGAGUGACAAUGAUGAAGAAGAGCGACCAGAUCUCACUGAACAGUGGCAGGAUGAAGAAAGUCAACAACAAAGGUCAACUGAGAGUGCCAAUGGAAUCAACAAGGAUUCCAGGAGAGUGUUUGCAACAGAGGACACCCCUGUUUGUUUUUCAAGAAACAGUUCUCUUAGUUCUUUGGAUGCAGAAUCUGAUGGAGAUGCUGCUAGUGAGCAGGCUUUGCUGGAUGAGUGCAUCAUAUCUGGCAUGCCGCAAUCAAAAGGCAAGAAACCUGUCAAGAAGAUAAAUGGCAAGGUAAUUUCAGGUGGUCCAUCUAUGGAAGAUGAUGAAAGUUCUGCUACCAUCCAGGAAAAUGAAUCAAAACCUGUUAGAAGGGGACCAAGAAUCAGCAAACCAUCAGAUAGUGUGGAGGAGAAAUCUGUUACUGAGGAAGAGGAUGGCCCCAAAGGAAUUAAAGGUGGGAAAAAGGUGUACCGAAGUCCCAUUACUGGCAAAAUACGAUCUAUCACACCACCAAAGAGUGUUAUGGCCCCAAAAAGUCCUGCAGCAACUAGAGGUGGCCUUGCUAAAGGGAGUCCCACUACAUCAAGAGGAAGGGGUGCUAUUCGAGGUGCCAGAGGUGGCCUUACUCGCAGUGCUUCUACAACUCCACCAAGGAGUACAACCCCAACUGGUAGAGGAACCCCUCCUAGGACUACCACACCUCCUCGUACAACAUCACCUAUGACAGCAGGGAGGACCACUACGCCUCCAAGAACCACUUCACCAAGAUCUGGAACUCCACCGAAGCUCACACCUUCACCAAAAGGACCUAAUGGAAAUAAGAAUAUUACCCCUGUAAGAAACACUACAAAUUCAGCCCGUAGCAUCACACCACCAAGGCCGGUAAGGAAAUCCUCCCUUGAUUCUCAAAAAGAUGGAGAUGCAAAGAGUGAAACUUCUUCACGUAGGUCAUCAAGAGAAAGCAUCAGUAAUAUCCCCAAACCAAGACAGAUAAAAACCCCUAGCAAAACCUCUCCUAGUAGUUCAACCUCACCAAAACCACCAACUGGUCGUGGCUCUCCUGCUGGAAAACCUCCACUCAGCACAAGUAGAUCAGCAAGUCCAAAAUCAAAGAUGCCAGUGCCUACAAGAUCAAACAGCCCUUCUACAAAGACAACUGGUUCUGUAGGCACUCCAAGAAAACCUGUGAACAAAAGCCCAUCUACCAACAAACCUGUCGAUGACUCUACAUUGGAUGAUGAAGAAUUGACAUCACAAAUGAAAAGCAUUAGCUUAGAAAGUAAUGGAGGUUCACCUGAGUUAGACGAUGGUGAUCGACCAGUGCUGCUCAAACAAUCAACAUUUACAAAAGAUAGUGCAUCACUCCCUGAACAAACUCCUGAAAUGAAUCCAUUGAGUGGAGACGAGAAGGUUCUGUCUCCAGUGCAAUCAGAAGAGGCUCCAUCAGUGACUGAAAGUGAAUCCAAUUUAUCUGUGUCUAAAAGUGGAUGGAGAAAGACAAGCAGUGGUAUCCAGGGGUCGCAGGAGGGUCAAAAGUCUUCCACUGGAAACAAAGCAGUCAGUAAACCCACUGGUGUCUCAAAAAUCACUCCAAAGAGGACUAAUUCCCCAGGUCUUAGGUCACCUGCUACUAGAUCUUCUUCCCCAGGUCAAAGGACAAACGCACCUGCAAAAAGGUCAGAGUCACCAUCUAGAAUGUCUACUACAUCUCAGAGAUCAGAAUCUCCUUCCAGAGCAUCAACAACCUCACAAAGCUCAGUGUCUAAGCAGAGGACUAUCCCACAAACAAAGGGACCAGGGUCUACACAAAGGAAUAACUCUGCAACUUCCAAGAUCAACUCAGGCCUUCAGAAAUCUGGUGGUCUGACCAAAAGAUCAUCAUCACCAUCAGGUGUGAAAACAAAUCCAAAUGUUAAUGGAAAUCGUUCCAGUACACCGCCAAAGUCAGCUGCCAGUAGACAAAAUACAAGACCAGCAAAGCCUGGGAAUACUGGAGUCAGAACAGGUCCUCAAACUACUAGGGCAGCAUCUGCUAGUCCUAAACCCUCAGGUUCCUCUACAAGAGCAUUACACAACAAACCAGCAAGUAGGCCUUCAUCAGCUGAAGGACCGAGAUCACCUGCUGUAAAUAAAUCAUCUUCUGAGGAGACCCCCUCACCACAAACGCCAUCAAAAUUUGGUACAUUCACUAAAAAGAAGGGCCAGUCGAGUAUUGAAAUAAGUAACAAGAAAGAAAAGGGAGCAUCUGGGAUAAGUGAUAAUGUGACUAAAAGUGAUCUUUCGUCUGAUGAACAGAAAAAUUCACAACUGAAAGCUAAGGAUCUUUGCAAAGAACUUAACAUACCUGUGAAAAACUGUGGAGGUAAAAUUGUGUCUCCAACACGUGAAACUGCAGAAGGCGAUGGUGUUUGGAUGAAAAGGCCUGAAGAUGAGGUAAAGGACUGUGCAUCCAUCAGUAUCAACUCAUCAUCACGACAUAGUAGCUCAUACAGUUUGAGUAGUAUUUCUACCAAUCAUCAAGUUGGUAGCCUUUCUCGACAGAAAUCAGCCCAGCCUGAAUUACCUAGUUCAAAUAAGUCACCAGCAGUCAAUGCAAAAAGAAAUAUUUUUCCAUCACUUAAUAAAAACUCGAAUUCCAAAUCAUCUAGUAAAUCUAGUUUAGACUCAUCAAAAAGUGGAGGUAAAUCAACACCUAAACUAACAUCUAAACAGAAGCAUGAAUCUGAAGAAAAAACAGAAGAGAAAAAAGAGAAAAAGGCAGACAAGAAGCGAUUUUCUUUUCUCAAGUUGAAGAUUGGUGGAAAGAAAUCGGAUAGUGAUAGUGAAGGAAAGGAAAAGAGCAAAGGGUUUUUCUCCAAGAAAGAAAAAAAGUCACCAAAAAACUUGAAGGUUCAGACCAAAGGCAAGACAGAAUCAGAGUCGUCCGCUGAACAGGUCCUCCCCAGUCCUCCUUUGGCUGAACUAGAACCUGAUCUUAACAUUAGUGGGGCUGAUCUAAGCUUUGACAGGCAUCUGGAUGAGCUAGAGGCUUGGAAUAGUGACAAUGAUAUUGACAAAGAAGUGAUGCCUGAUGAGUUUGUUGAAUGGGAUAGCGGUAGCGAUAUCAUGAAAGAAGAGAUGCCUGAGGAAUUCAUUGAAAGCUGUUCAGAAGUAGAUACUGAUCCUGCCACUCCAAUGAGUCCUGGUGUUACAACUGGAUCAGUAGGAGGUGAUGUACAGAUUGACCCAAACGGACAGCGGGGAGACUUCUCCCCACACUCUCAAACUGGUAGCCUUUCCCCAAACGGACUAUCGGGGGACUGUAUGUCCCCCGUAGAUGAGGAUGGUAAUUCCAUUGAAGCCGAUGAGCAGUAUUUUUACUCUGAAAAUCGACUGAACUCAUUCAUUCGUCUUGACGACAAUAAAAGCGAAACAAGCGACACAUUUCUUGAAGGAGAGUUAAGCAUGCGUCGAAAUGUCCAGAACCAGCGCAGCCGUAGCUUAUCAGAUACUACUGUGGAUCAAUCACCACAUCGCCCUCAGAGAUUGAAGCUUCCCCAGAAACCAUUCGGUAUCCAUCAGAAUGACACCUCCCCUUCUUCCAACAAUGUUGUACCUGUUUUGGUGUCGCCCUAUAACUAUAGCCCAAAUCCAAACCGGAAAGGUGAGAUAGACACCAACUGUUCCGGGAUGGGGUUUCACAAAGAUGACAGUAGUCGAAGUAGUUCAGAGGUGGUUAGUCCCACUGGAUCUACCAGAGUAACUACUGUCUAGAACAACUUAUCUUUAUUCAUAUUUCAUAUUUUUGACAUCCCAUUUAUUGUUUGAUCUUUUUCAAAAAAUUAUUUUUCUGAUAUGUUGAGAGUUGAUUAAUGAUGCAGUUUAGCAGCUGAUUAGCCUGAAAAUCGCUCAACUUAAAUAGUAAAAUGCAAGAAACUGAUUAUUCUAUUCUGGAGUAAAAUUUUAAGAAAAGAAUAACAAUUUGGUACGGAACAUGUGGUCUGACAUCUGAUUCUCUUAGCGAGUAUGUGUUGCUAGUUUUCAUAGGGCAGUAGAUUUGUAUAUUCUGCUUAUUUUUUCCUCUCAUUGUACUUGUGAAGAUUCUUCUCAAAUAUUCACAUUAGAGUAGUUCAAACUUGAUAUUUAUUGCCAAUUAAAAAUGGUUAAUAAUUAUAUAUUAUGUGAAUUAAUGUAUUAAAAAUCAUAAUUAUUUCUGUAUUCUCACUAUCAGUUGAUAUAUUUAAUGUCUCUUUAAUUAAUUUACGAGAUAUGAGAAGAGAAAAUAGCCUUUCAUUCAUAGUCAUGGCCUCUUAAAGCAAAAUUUGUUCUCAAAACAUUUCUGCAUGUACGGUAUAUCUACAAAUAUGCAACAGGUUUUUUGUGUUAUUAUGUAGUAUAUACAUUUUUUAAAUAAAAAUAUGAUAGAAAUCAAAAUUAAAGAAACUGCCGAUGCUUUAAAGUAAUUCAUUACUGUAUUGAAUAAAUUCAUGACAUUGAAAUUGUAGAUUAUUUCACAGUAGUGUUCUACAUUAGUUUGAUAGUGUGAUACAAAUCUCUGGCACUCCAAGUAUUAUGAAUAUUUCAAAAUAUUGUUUAAAAAUACACUUCAUAGAUUAUCUCAAACUUUGCAUUUCUAUUUUAUUAUUUCAGACAAUUUUUUUUUACUUGAGGUAGAAAUGUUUUAAGUUUAUUUUGAAAAGAAUUAUCAUAAUGAAAGACUUGCAUGUUAGUUACAAACUUGCAGCUUGCAUUAUUUCUACCAUUACAUGUUAUAGUGACACAGUUUAUUACUUUAUAAAUGCAAUUACAAAAUUGUUUCAAUAAAGGAGGAAGGAGGAUGAACUGUACGCAAACAUACUUGUGCAAUGGAAAAAUAGUGUUGAUUUGCUACAUUAUUUUUGAAAGCAUAUCUCUGUACAUUUUGUACCAAGUAACUUAUUGUUUUUAAAGAUCAUGAUAGUAUUAUAUCUGUCAAUUAUUUGAUUAGUGGAUUGCUAUCAGGCAUGGGGAUCAGGGGAAGGGGGGGGGGAAUGUGCCCAUCAUCCUCUUCGGCCAAAGGUUAGAACCUGUUUCUACCACCAUUAUGCUGAUAGACAACCUCUUUUUGGGUAGUGAGGUGGAAAUUGUGGGGGGGUUUAACUAGUCAAUAUUUUGUUGUUGUUUCGCAUUUCAGAAAUGUCUGCAAAACAAAAUUUAUCAAAAUUAUUUGACAUCCCUCCCUUUGUUAUGAAAUCUUGGAUCCACCCAUGAUUGCAUAGUCUAUAGUCAAUUGCUACUUAUUUAAUAGUUUAUUUCUAGGUAUUCAGUUUGUCGCUCGGUAUUCACUUUUCUAUUGUAUGAAUAUUUUACAAUAUUCUUGCAAAAUACUUAGUGGUAUUCUGGCUUACAAACUUAGAUGAAAGGCAGAGUACAUAAUAUUAUUGGAUAUUCAUAUAUCUAAUCUUGUUUAUCAUAUUCAGGGGAAUGUUUUAAUUCUAAUUGUAGUCAGGGAUGUGUUAGAAAGAAAAGGAAUGUACAAGCCUGCUUUAACCCUAUGUGACGAGCCGACGACAAGAUAAUGUGUUUCAAACAGGUGUUUCGACAAUGCCACUGAGGUGUUUUCAAUAAUAGGAAUAUUUUUUAUUUUUGCUAGUUUCUUAGAGCAACAAAAAGAUUCCAAUUGGCUUCUCCAUUUCUUAAUGAUGCAUUAGUACAUUUUGUGGGCAUGACGGGUAUCAGCGAACAGAAAUAGCCAUAAUUCGAGUGAUAUUAAAAGUUAAUUAUCUCAGAUUCAUGCAAGAACAAGAAUUACUAUACAAAAUCUAUUCAUAAUUACUAUCAAAAUUUCAUGAGUGAGCUCAGAAAUAGCCCAAAUUGUAGGAAAAUGCUGAAAUUAGUCAAUGUUGUAUGUAGUUCUAAAUUGUUUGUCUUUUUCAUGAUUCUUUUAUAUUAUGUUGGCAUGCAAAUAUUACAAGGGCUUUUCUUUUUGCUGUCCAUAACAUAACUGAAAUCUGCCAAAGAAAUUGAUCCAAAAAGUUGUUUCUAGAGUCAUAAGUAGUAAAUACUGAUAUUUUGUUUCUGCAGAAGCCAGUCGGCUCCAAAGGGUUAAAAUCGGCACGCCACAUGGGAUAUCAAACUCCCUUAGAAUGCUUUUGUCAGUGAUUAGAAUGAUUUUGUAUUCCUAUAGAUUUUCAGAUAUAUUGUGCUUUAGUUUUCUACGUUCCUAAGACACCUCUGUUGCAGUCAACACAAUUAUAUAUUUAAUUGACUAAAUUUUUGAUAGAUGACAAACUGAUUGUCCCAUUAAAUUUGAUUCAAUUUAGUUUCAUUGUGUUCCGUGUGACUUAUGAGCUGUAUUCAUUAUUUCAUUUGUCCAAAUGUUUAUUUUAGAAAUAUCCCCACAUGUUUCUUUCAGCAAUACAUAAAUAUUACAUGAAAAAUAAAGAAACUUUCCUUUGUUUAGAUUACAUUUCUCAUGUUAUGGGAUAUAUUUCUGUACAGGGCACGUAUGUUAUCAUUAUUUUUUUUUAAUUCAUUGUUAUGGUCAAUAUGCAAUGUCAGUGUGAGUUUACCCCCAACUAUUAUGAACUGAUUACAUCACGUGCUAUACAAUUUCUUGCCUGAUUAUCAUGUUUCUUACCAGUUUUGGACUUCUUGUUCAGAAGAUAUUUAAACUUGGCUAGUAGAGUAAUAAUUUCUAUGUGUACGUCAUAGUUGUCCAUUUGCAUUUUCUUAUCAACUGGUAUUAAGACUUUAUUACUUUCUUGCAACAUUUUAAGUAUGUGGUAAUUGACAAUGGUCAGUAAUAAACCUGAGUGGUUAUUGUGCUUGGGACAUGUUCAUUGGUUAUUUACAUGCAUGUUUAUUACAAUGUUUGUAUUUCCCUUGGUAAACAAAUUCUACUGUAUUUUUUUUCUAUCCUAUAUAUAUUUGUAUAAUAUCAUAACAAUGAAAUCAUAACAUAACAAUGAAAAUCAUAACAAUGAAAAUCUUUGUUGAAACUCUUGUUUGCCUUUCAUUAUGUAAGAUACUUUCUACAUAUCAGUGUCCUGGGCAAUAUUUUUGUAAGUUGUCUCCAAUGACAAUGCUUGCAAUCACACUAUUAAUGAAACUGACUGAUGAUAUUCCAUUUAUAAAGUAACAUAAUAGUUUUGAUUAGUCUGGAGAUCAUUUCGUUGGUUUGACUGUAGCCUCAGUUUUCAUUUGCCCAUUAAUUUUCAGCCAACCAGAGCUAAAGAUUUUACAGAAAUCAUCAGGGCUCCGUAACACAAAGGUUGUCGUUUAAUCGGUAAAUGAAAUGACCAAUCAAGAUCAUCCUUGUAUGCGCAUUUUGCUCCGUAGACUGACUAGGAACCAAUCUGAAUUGUUCUUUCAAAUUAACAAUUAACCGAUAAUCUUUGUGUUAUGGAGCCCAGAUCUGACAACUGUCGUGAAAAAAUGUCCUAAAUUUGUAUUCCUUUUAGUCGGCUUAUUUAAAUGAAUUCAUUUUAGAAACAACCAUGAAGUGCAUUUUAACGAGGCAAUGUGUUCAAUGCAAUCCUGUGCAUGUUUGGUGCUUAUUAUUUCAUUAAGAGUGUUUGGUAAUUAAUGUGAAAUAGAUUGAGAAUUGUUAUCUUUGACUUGGGAAAGACUGCUGAAUUCUAUUAAGUUCCCACCAAAAUCUGACUUGCCAGUAAAUGGAGAAAGAAAAGAUGAACCUUUGUAUGAAGAAAGCUAGAAGGAAAACACUGUGUAGAUAGAUGAUCAUGUAUUGCUGCAUAAUAUUUUCUUCUGUGUUUGAGUGUAGAAUUGUGAAGAAAGUGAAUUGUAGUUUUAUCAACUUUUUCACUGUAUAAAUGUUUGAAGAAAAAUAUGCGUUCAAGGUUCUAUUGUGACAUUUUGCUCAGGAUGGCCUCAAA